AUGGGUCUCCACGAAGAUGAGGACCGCAAGUAUGCGGAGGAUGUUCAGGCCGUCAAGAACUGGUGGAGCGACUCACGAUGGCGCUUCACUAAGCGGCCUUUUACCGCCGAACAAAUUGUCGCGAAGCGUGGCACUCUGACUGUCGACUACCCUUCCGCUGUCCAGGCCAAGAAGCUCUGGAGCACCUUGGAGAACAACUGGCAGACCAAGCAAGCUAGCUACACCUAUGGCUGCCUCGAGCCCACAAUGAUCACCCAGAUGUGCCAGUUCCUCGACACCAUCUACGUUUCUGGCUGGCAGAGCUCCUCAACUGCUUCGUCCACAGACGAGCCCUCUCCCGAUCUGGCUGACUACCCGAUGGACACCGUGCCUCGCAAGGUCAACCAACUGUUCAUGGCACAACUCUUCCAUGACAGGAAACAGCGCGAGGAGCGCAUUACCACCCCCAAGGACCAGCGCUCUAAGGUUGCCAAUGUCGACUACCUGCGCCCCAUCAUUGCCGAUGCUGACACCGGUCACGGUGGUCUGACCGCCGUCAUGAAGCUCACCAAGCUGUUCGUCGAGCGCGGCGCAGCUGGUAUUCACAUUGAGGACCAGGCUCCUGGUACCAAGAAGUGCGGCCACAUGGCCGGUAAGGUGCUGGUUCCUAUCAGCGAGCACAUCAACCGUCUGGUUGCUAUCCGUGCCCAGGCCGAUAUCAUGGGCUCCGAUCUUUUGGCCAUCGCUCGUACCGACUCCGAGGCUGCCACUUUGAUCACCUCUACCAUUGACCACCGCGAUCACGCAUUCAUCGUCGGUGCCACCAAUCCCAACCUUCAACCCCUGAACGACCUGAUGGUCGCCGCCGAGCAGUCCGGCAAGAACGGUGCUCAACUUCAAGCCAUCGAGGACCAAUGGACCGCCCAGGCUGGCCUCAAGCUUUUCGAGGAAGCUGUCAUUGACACCAUCAAUGCCGGUGUCUCUGGCAACAAGCAAGGCCUGAUCGAGCAGUACCUCAAGGCUGCCAAGGGCAAGAACAACACCGAGGCCCGCGCCAUUGCCAAGGGCAUCACCGGUGGCGGCACCCAGUGCGCUGUCAACCGCGCAAUUGCCUACGCUCCCUUCGCCGAUCUCAUCUGGAUGGAGAGCAAGCUGCCUGACUACAAGCAGGCUAAGGAGUUCGCUGACGGCGUGCACGCUGUGUGGCCCGAGCAGAAGCUCGCUUACAACCUGUCGCCCUCGUUCAACUGGAAGAAGGCGAUGCCCCGUGAAGAGCAGGAGACCUACAUCAAGCGUCUCGGCGAGCUGGGAUACUGCUGGCAGUUCAUCACCCUCGCCGGUUUGCACACGACCGCGCUCAUCUCACACCAGUUCGCCAAGGCUUAUGCCAAGAACGGCAUGCGUGCCUACGGCGAGCUGGUCCAGGAGCCCGAGAUGGAGCAGGGCGUUGAUGUUGUCACUCACCAGAAAUGGAGUGGUGCCAACUAUGUCGACAACCUGCUCAAGAUGGUCUCUGGUGGUGUGAGUAGCACUGCUGCCAUGGGCAAGGGUGUGACUGAGGACCAGUUCAAAAACUGA